AUGGUCGUCUCUUUGUUUGAUUUAUACUUUCCUCUGCCAUACCGGAUAUGCGCCACUAUCCUUAUAGGAAUUUAUGCUUGGGGUCUCAACGUCCACCUCUUAACUGAUGCUCGCAUCGAUGUCCAGUCUUUGAUCAAAUAUACUCACUACAAUGAUUCUCGAAGACCCUUCUACCAAGCUAUCUACCAUUUUGCCUUUGUCCUAACCCUCUACGUGAUCAUUAGCUGGGGAAUUUUUGUCAUUGGAGUUAACACAAAAGACCUCGAUAUCAAUGGACCCUCUGCCUCAAUCAAGCUCCUCGACUUGGUCCCGGUUCUUACUCUCUUUGGCUUUCUCUUUGCCUUUGUGUAUCCAGGGAAAACUUUCCACUACAAUGGCCGCCAGCGACUCUUGGGAAUCUUUAAGCGCAUCAUUUUUGGCGGCUUAGACAUUGAUUGUCGUUUUGCCGAUAUCCUCAUUGCAGAUGUCCUUACCUCCUACAAUAAGGUUCUCCUUGAUUUGGUCUACACCCUUUGCAUCUUUUUCUCGGGAAAAUCAAGUCUCACAAACCCAAACCGGACCUACGGUGGUGACUUUGUUGCCCCAAUCACCAUGGCCAUACCCUCUCUGAUCCGCUUCAGCCAGUGCUCAAUUGAUUAUCUCCGCUCAGGUGCUACCAUUCACAUUCUCAACUGCAUCAAGUAUGCUUCCGCAUUCCCCAUCCUAAUUGCCGCCUUACUGCUUAAAAAAUCAAAAGAUUCCCCAGACCAAGACGCUUUCUUUGACCAAAAUUUCUUCUUCAAACUAUGGACCCUCGCAUCCCUCAUCAAUUCUACUUAUUCCUUUUACUGGGACGUCACAAAUGAUUGGGGACUAGAACUUUUUGACUCUUUCCCUUCAUACCACUAUGGUGGCCUGCGCUCUGUCCGCGUCGUUAAGUUCCGUCUCGUUUACUACGCUGUAGUUCUCAUCGACUUUACUCUUCGUGCAGUUUGGAUUUUGAAACUUACUUACUCCUGGAACGACUUCCCAGAUCUUGAAACCGGCCUUUUUAUUCUCGAGACUCUUGAAAUUUCACGCCGCGCCUUUUGGGUUUUCUUCCGCACUGAAAAGGAAUGGGCUUCCUCCGGUACAAUCAUCAAAGAUCACAACAUUCAACUACCUUUAACUGAAAGACGAUAA